AUGGCUCGNUACGAUUUAUUGGGUACCCUUAAUUGGGGCGACCACCUCCCUUUUCUCAAAGACUUUGACCUCCAGAAAAUCCGGUUCACUUGCUCAAAACUCGUCCCCAAAGUAAACCGGUUCGUUGGUUCAAUUAUCGCCGACCAUCAAGCCGACAUAACCCAAACCAACCGCGAUUUCGUUCAUGUUUUGCUCUCUCUCCAAGGUCCAGAUAAAUUGUCUCACUCCGACAUGAUUGCUGUCCUCUGGGAAAUGAUAUUUAGAGGGACCGACACGGUGGCGGUUUUGAUUGAGUGGAUAUUGGCGAGGAUGGUGCUUCAUCCCGAGGUGCAAAAGAGGGUGCAAGAGGAACUGGACGCGGUGGUUGGUGGUGGGUCACGUGCCUUGACGGAGGAGGACGUGGCCAUGACCGUUUAUCUUCCGGCGGUGGUGAAGGAGGUUCUGAGGCUGCAUCCUCCAGGCCCGCUUCUCUCCUGGGCCCGCUUGGCCAUAACUGAUACCACCAUUGAUGGGCAUCAUGUGCCCGCAGGGACCACGGCUAUGGUAAAUAUGUGGGCCAUAGCACGGGACCCGGAAGUAUGGGUGGACCCACUCGAAUUUAAGCCGGAGAGGUUCGUGGGUUUGGAGAACGAGUUUUCUGUUUUCGGGUCGGAUCUGAGACUUGCUCCAUUCGGAUCGGGUAGGAGGACUUGUCCGGGGAAGACUCUGGGUUUGAGCACCGUGACCUUCUGGGUGGCGAGUCUCUUGCACGAGUUUCAAUGGGUACCGUCCGAUGAAGGCAACGGUGUCGAUCUAACUGAGGUGCUGAGGCUCUCUUGCGAAAUGGCGAACCCCCUCACUGUUAAAGUCCGUCCUAGGCGUGGACUAAGCCCUUAAAAUAAUAAUAGCAAUGUUUAAGUUUGUCUAAGUUAUUAACUUGAAACUCUGUUUUAAUGGGAAGAGAGAAAAAAAAAAAAAAAAAAAAAAAAAGAGGGAGAGGAAGGUUUUGCAUGUGGCAGGGGUUGGUGGGAGGUGCAUGGCCCUUUGGAGGCACUAAAUGUUAAGUGCAUGGCCCUUUGAGUCAUCAGGUUUUUCUCUUUUUUCUUUUUCUGGUUUUCGGUUUUUAAGUUGACAGUGAAGUCUGAAGUUGUCCGGUUAUAAAAAAUUAGAUAAUAUCUAUUUUCAUUGUAAAUAUUGGUGAAAUUAAUACAAGUUUUUAAGUUUGGUUCUACCAUUUAAA